CCACCCCGCCCGUCCCUUCCAUUCGUGACCGCGCCGCGCCUCGAGUGCCCCGCCCGCGUGAGCGAGACACGCCGCCGUGGUCCCCGCCGGAGGCGAGAUCGACACGGUCUGGCGCCAUUGAAAAGCAGCGUUCGAGCGAGGGAGAUCUUUUCCGAGACCGAGAUGUUUCCCCAGCCAGGUCAUCAACAUCCCCAUGGACCACCGUCAAUGAUGGCAUCAUCGGGUCUGGCACCCGGGGGCCUGGCCAAUGGGGACACGGUUCAACUCCGGCCAAUUAUCGACAGCACCCUGGCCACCAUUCAGAGCCAGGCAGUGCGUCUCCUCCAGGCGGGCCGGCUCCAGAAUGAGGCCCAGGCUGGCACAUCGUCGCCGGUUGUCGGGACGCCAACUGCCGGGGUAGUCGACCCGGCCAACGAUGCGCGCAUCACGGCCCUGCGGGCGGUGAUGGCGCACCAACGGUUGAACAUCGCCCGGCUGGCGGUGGCUGUCCGUUGGGCUGCCGGGCCUGACAACGGCCAGGCGGCCUCCCUGGUUGAGACCCAGCCAGCUCCCGAGGUUACUCGCGAGCCGGCCACUCUCACUGCGGAGGUCACCGACACCCACCCAGAGGGUGACACACUGCAGACUCCCAUGGUGGAGGAUGCCCCGCCGGAUGUCGAGCCUCUGCGUUUGCCAACUGUGGUCGAGUGCCGUGAGCAUGCAUCGACCCUCUCGCACCAUAGCACGGUGUUUGCCAUGACAGCUGAUCUACUUCACCAGGUAAACACCCGGUCUCAGCAGAUGCGCGUGCCACACUAUGACGUGGAGACGGCCGUAGAUGUGUUGGCUGGCUCGGGGCAUCCCACGUUCCCGGCUUUCGUGCGGGAAAACUUCGUCGGCUCCCCAUCGGUGCUGGCCCCCUCCCUGGGAUCGAAUGUCCUGCUUCCGAUCAUGUCAGUUCCCACUUUCCAGGAGGACUUGGCCCAGUCCCUAACACGGGAACGCUUGCUACUGGUGAAUGCCACAGUGACGGUGGUUCUCCGCCGGCGCCUGGCCGAGUCCAUCCUCCCACCGGGGCUGCAAUUUGUCAGCAUGCGCCGUGGAUCGGCCACCUUCGAAGCACCAGGCCUCUUCCGGAUGAAGCUCAGCCUGGACCCUGUCCAUUCAUCCCUGCCGUGGCGCAUCGAUCGGCUGUGGUUCACCAUGGAUGUCGAGGCCGCGGCCGACGGCCGAUCCGCGACCGCCAAACGCAAGACCCCCGGCCAGUCGGGCUCGCGUGAUGGGCUCUCUGCCGGUGCCGGGGCCAGCACCACCGGCAGCGUAGGCCACACCGCAUCGGGUGCCACGACCAAGGGCACCAAGGCAUUCCCUCCCGCACGGCAAGUGCAUUUGCUCCCCCCGAAUCAGUGCCAAAACCUGGCCAAGUACUUCACCGCGCGGAUUCGCCUGCUGGGGAAUAACCGCCUACCGUCGGAGGUUCCGAUCCCGGAACUGAAUGAGCUGAAUUACGCGCAUCUCAUCGAUGCAUCGCUGUCGGUGACUCCGGCCCACUUCCGGGCUUCGAUCGCCGUCAUUUAUCACGAGCUCACCCUGCUCUGCAUGAUCAUGUACAUCCGGAUCCUGCGCUUCCAGGCAUACGGCCUGGCUGCGCAAGGGUGGCGCAUUGACCUGGACCUGGAUGGGGACUCGGCCUUCCCCUCGGGGGACAGCGGCCCAGCCGGGCCCAAGCGAGCUCUGGAGCCGACGUCGGCCCGGGCCCUGGAUGCCGGCCGGGCCGGACCGCUUGGCGGGUCAUCGGUCAAGCGCCUUGGCAUUCGCUAUUGGGUUGAGCGCAAGGCUGGUGAUGGCCUGCUGCCCAUGCGAGGAAGUCACAGCGGGCAAGCCAGCGCGCGCGGAGCCUCCUGCCACCAUACGCUCAUCAUUCGCAUCGACCAGCCGAAGCCCCUCCAGCUUGCCCUUUCGACAGCCUAUUGCCCCCCGGCGGGGGCUGCCAGCCCGAGCGAUGGGACCCUCGCCGGGGCGGGCGCCUCGCCUCUGUCAAUGGAAGUCCUUGAUGUGGCUGCCCUGUCGAACCACAGCAUCCGCUUGGUGCUGGAGCAUGUCACACAGGCGCCGCCCGGCGACCGUGGCAACAUGACUCCCGCGCCCGGGGCCAAGCCCCUGGCCGGGGUCACCUCCAGCAACGAGGUCGGGCCCGGCUGGACAACCGCCAGCGAUGGUGAUGAGGAUGAAGGUGACGGUGAAGAGAACAGCGACGACGAUGGUCUGAGCGACUGCAGCGAUGACGGGGAAAGCGAGGCCGAUCACGAGCGGGAGGGCGUGGCCCCCUUGCGCGGCGGUCCUCGCCACACAUCGAAUGCCGAUUCCGCCGAGGCGGUGGAGCGUGUGCUGCGCGCAGCACGACGCCAUGGACCCGGGGGACUUGGCGGUUCUGGUGUGGGACCCUCCGCCGGUGCCGGGCCUGCCUCUUUGUCUCGCGUGCGCACCCUCUCCGGGCCGGAGUUCGACCUGUCCCCGACCAAUGGCCAGCUGAGCAUGGAGCGUGUGUUGCGGCGCGUGGUUGGAGACCAGUGCGUCGGGCUGAUCCAUGCCCUGCGGCAAAUGCUGAUCAACCCGCUUGGUGGUCGGCUGCGUGAGCAUGCCGGCCUGGCCUUUGAUCGGAAGGAUGUCAUUGUUUGCGAGGAUCGCGUGGCCUCCGGGCUUGCCGGCAACCAGGCUGCUGGCUCCCGCAGCGAGGCCAAUGGCAUGGAGGUGUCGGGUCCCGGCCGGCGGGUGUCGCUCCAUGUGCAUCUCUACGAGCACCGGACUCUGGACAUCUCGGUGGAGCCGACCACCGGCCGUGUGACCCUGGUGCUGGCUGGCUCCGAGCGCCGGCGUCUCCUGCGCGAUGUGGCCCAAGUCGAGGCGGCCCUCAAUGGUGACAAGGUCCUGGCCACCGGAGCCGGCGCCAAUGCCGGGGGCCUGGCUCCUGGACCGGCAGGCCCCGGACCCGAGUCGCAGGCGGCUGGCACAUCCGGGCGGGCUGUCGCCGGUCCUGGAAUCACCCCCCAAGGGCCGGGGGUGGUCCUGUCGAAGGUGCCCUUCUCGACGAUGAUGAGCCGCGCCGGACCAGAGCGCGAUGCCUGGGCCAGUGCGGUGGUCGCCCAGCUGAUGAGCCUCCGCCGGCGAACGCUGCGCGACUAUGUGGAUCACAUUACCACCGAGCUGGGCCUUGAGAGUGUGGCGCAUUUGCUGCCUCAGGUGGAGGUCCCGCUGCCGGAGGAAUUGGACCCGGUGGGGGAUCAGCUGUUCUUGCGCUUCCGCCGGUAUCCGGAGUACUGGCUCGCGGUGCAUCACAUUGACCGGCCGACUGAGCGGGCCUUUCUGCUCCGGGUCAUUGCCAAUGGUCCGGGUGCUGGGGUGCUGCGCGUGCAGCAGACCGUCCAGCUGCUGGCCCAGGGAUUGGUGGACCACUCGGCUGGCGAAGCCACCCAUGCAUCGGCCCCGGAUCAGGCUCUUCGCCGGCGAUUCUCCCUCUGGGCACGGGCGGCCUGCUGCCUGAUUGGCCGGGAUGCCCUGACGGCAGCCGCGGUCGCGCGCGGUGUGCGCUCCAUUCCCCGGGCUCUGGCUGAUUGGCUCGAUGCCGGCCAUGAGGGGAUCUACGCGCGGGUAGGCCGGAGUCCCGGUCCUCCGGAUGCCACUGGUGCGGUCACCGCCUCGCGAGCCCCGGUCGUGGCGACGACAGUCUCUUCGACCGUGGUCCCGAGCUUGCCGGCCGGGACCCUGCUUGCCGGGGUGAAGGAUGGCCCCGAGCCGGGGCCCUCCACGCGCGAGACCUUCCACCUGUCGGAGCAAGACCACCACGCGGCCGGGGUCUUCCGCUUUCAUGGGCUGCUUGGUCAGCUGGGCGACUUGGUGGGAGGGAUGGCCCUGCUGUGCUACCCGCCGGAGGUGCGCGUCAUGAUCCAGCGCCUGGUCCGGCAGCAGUCGCCCGGCCGCGAGGCAGGCCACAUCGAGGAGCUCCAGGACCGGGCCUCGGGGCUCAUUGCCCAGGCCGGCCUGAUUGGACCCCUGGAGGUGCAUGUGCAGUCGACCGGCCGCGCGGGCGGCCUGGCCGGGUGUGGGCGAAUCAGCCUCGUGGCCGGGGCGGCUUUGGUGCAUCCACGCUUGUGGACCGACCAGUCGCGUCGGCAGUUGCAGCGGUUGCUUUCCACCGUCGUCGAGCCGCAUGCCAUCGCUCCCACAUUGGUGACGGCCGGCUUUGAGCAGCCGUAUCUGCGCUUCCCCCCUGUGGCGGUGGAGGAUGCCGAGGGGCUGGUGGCCUUCUUCGAAGCAUAUCGGUCAUCGCUCUGCAUGGCGGCGCUUGUGUGUGGCCUGGCCCUGGCUGAGAUGGAUGUCGAUGCCGUGGUGCCUGCAUCAUCUGACCUCAAGGUGGUGGCCGAUCCGACCACCUCCGGGCCUGGGUUCCCCCGGUGGCUGCGCCGCCUGCCGGUGCUGACCGGCGGGCAGCUCUCCUUCCCGGAUCAGUGGGACUGCGCCGAGGGGACCCCUCAUGGACGGCGGGUCCGCCGUUCCUGGGCCGCUGUCCGCUUCGCCGGACCAGUCCUCUCGGUGAGCGUGCCCCGAGUCCGGGCUCCGCCAAGUCCGAGCCUCGAUUCGGUGCCCCUGGUGGCCACGGUGCUGACUCUUGUGCCGGAAGUCACUGAAACCGAGGUGCGCUUCCGCCUGGCUGUCGCGCCGACCCUCGGGGAGGAUGUCGGCGUACCAGGCAAGCGCCGGCUCGUGGAUGGCUCUCCCUCGGCGGCCAAGCGUCCGCGUACGGUCGGAGACCCGGAUCCGCUCCCGGGUUCCUCCUCCUCGUCCUCCUCAGAUGGCCAUUACCUGGACAUGGUGCUUCCAUUGCUGGAGCCAAUUCUGGCCUUUUCGCGGAAGUCCCUUGCUGAUGCCAUGGCUUCGGGCGCGGCGAGUGGUGCCCUGGCCACCCCUUUGGCGAAUGUCAUCGAGAUUGCUUGCACUGUUGAGCCUGUAUAUGCGGCCCUCGGCCGGCUGGAGCAGGCGGUGGCCUUCGCUCAGCUUGGUGACUCUUUGCAGGGAGGUCUUGUGCCGACAUCGGCCGCGGGGUAUGCCACGUGGGUGGGUGCGGCGACCGGGUCCGGCGCCUUUGCUCGGGUUUUGUCCUCGGCUCCGGCGCAUCCAUCCUUCCCUCUGCGAGCGCCGGGGGCUCUGAGCUUCGAUCCGGCCACCGCGACGGUUCCCCCGCUGGCCGGGAGUCCUGGGGCCCGUGCCCUGCCGCUGGCUCAUGCGGCGCUCGUCCUGCGGACCAGCGUCACGCAUGGGAUGUAUUUCCGCUUCGAGGCCCGAGCCCCGUCGCCACUGCAUGUGCGACUUUGGCUUGGCCCGCACAUUCGCCUGGAUUUGGACAUCCUGGUUGAGGGGGGCUUUUACAAUGGACCGCUUGGCUCGGCUGCAAGUGGGGAAUUGCUGAACCGCCUGCGUCAGCCCGGGGCCCCGGCUUUGGAUGCUCUUGGCGGCCGGGUGACCGUGCGCCUGCACGAUGCCGUGGCCUCGGUCAGCCCGUCCAUGCUCAAUGCAUUCGGGCCAUCUGUGUGGGAUCCGUACUUCGACUCGCAAGAGCUAAAGCCGGCGCUGGUGCUGGUCCAGGGUAUCCCCGGUCAGUCGCCGGGGUCGCGCAUGAACCGGCGCUUCAUCUCGUCCAGCAAACAGCGGCAGCCCCUUCCGUCGUUCUUGUCCGGCGAGCGGAUCAAGUCCGUCCUCCGGUCGACCACCACCGAUGUCGGCCUUUUCCGGUCACUGCCGGGCCUGCGGACCAUCCUGCAAACGCCCCGGCCAUCGCCGAAUGUGACACAAAACUCGAUUCCCUACGAGGACACUCUCAGUCACCAGGUUCUACAGCAUCUGUCAGCUCCCCUGCAGAUCCGCCUGCGACCGGAUUUCAUGGCUUCGGACUUGUCCACGUCCGAUCCCCGACUGGCGGCCGGCGCCGUGAAGCAUGGUGCCAAUGCCGACUUGGAGAUGGUCCCGGCCGAAUACCUUCCACGGAACAUCUUUUCACACUCCUCACCGCCGCCGUCCGCCGGUCGUGGUGACGGGGAUUCCCUCUUCGACUUGCUGAAGAGGCUGCUUUCUUUCACAAACUGGGGCGUCCAGCGCUUCUACUCCCUCGAGGACAUCUCCAUCCUCCUGGAUGGCACCAAGAUGGACUUUAAUUCCAUCGAUGGAUCCGUUCGGCUGCGCGAGAGCCACGACCCGGAGAGGCCCCCGGGCGCGGGAUCCGCCGUGACAUCGGCCACCCUGGCAUUGACCAUCCCAAAGCCGGGGCAGGCCCAGCAAGAGCUGUUGCUGCACCACCCGCCGGGAGCCCGAUUCCGCUUGCUGGCUCGGGUGCCGGAUUCCGGCGGGGCAUCAGCCACGGCCAUCCCGGCCGGGGCACUGUUCAGUCCCUUCGACUCGUUGCCCUCUGGCGCGGCCUUCGUCAUGGAGGACUAUGGCAUUCGCCUGACGUCCAUCGAGCCGGGGGGGAACUUCGUGUCGAAUAACAUCGCGACGCUCAUGCGGAGCCUAGCUCGCAAGUCCGCCCAAGCAACCACUCCGCCCUCUCUGUACUCCUUGAGUGUGGCCCUCUCCCUGCCUGGGCACAUUUUGAAUGAGCUGCACUCGCUUCUCCUCUUGGAGGAAACAUCGGCCAAGUCGGACACUCCCAACGGCUUUGAGCUUCUCUUGUCGGUUCCCGAUCUGUCGGCCUUCGGGGCCAACCGCACUCCCUUGGUGGCGGUGCAGAACAUCCUUGCCCAGUUCCGGGAACGCCUCCAGUCCCGGCCGGCGGCAUUCAUGACGGCCGUCACCCAAACCUACGAGCGAUACACCCAGCAACGCGUGCAGACCGGAUUCCCGGCCGACCGGGCUGCUGCCUUUGGCGACAGCCAGGUUCCCAAUCCCAACGAGGUGACCAUGGCCUUCGACCGAAAGAGCCAAACGCUGAACUUGGUGCUUUUCUUCUACCAGAAGGCUCCCAAGGGCAGCGGUGCUCCGCCAACCGACGGGUGCCUGGUGCCGCUUCAAUGGAAUUGUGUCGACAACAGCGUGCAGGUGUCCCUGGCCUGCAAUUGCACACAGCCGGCCAUGCCGCUGAUGCCCCAGGAGCUGAUCGCCUCCCUGGCGGCCAGGGUUCCGGAGCUGACGCCCCAGCAGAUGGCCCAUGAGUUGUUCGAGAUGACCCAUGAGUUCCGUCAGCAAUACAUCCAGGUGGCCAUGCGGCAGGGCCCGCUCUGGCAGCAGGUGGAAACCGUGCAGGCGCAUCUUCGCGCCCAGCGUGCCUCGAGCUCCUCCCAGCAGCCGGUUCGCUCGAGCCUGCUGGAAGUCGUCAAUGCGCUAGUCCAAUCGCCAUUCCCAAAGCUGGCUCUUUUCCACGGCCAAUUCCCUGCUCCUCCGGGAGGGGGCAGCAGUGGAGGGGCCCCGGCCGCCAUGAUCGGCUCGGCUCCGGGCGCUGCCAUUGUGGCGGCUCCCGUGCCGCCGGCGCCUGUGUCUGCCACCCCGGCUCCGGCUGGCAAGUGAGCAGGCGACGGCGCGGCGCACCACAGGGAGACGGGCAACUAGAAGGGAGACCCUUCUCCCUCCACGCCCGGGGCAUGUCCUGGUUCUCUCCUUGUUCUUUUUCCCUUCCAUGUCAACCCUUGACAAUGCAUGAUCCUCCGCGCGUAUGCGCCACACACACACA